GAUCUUGGCAUCCAAAACUAGAAAAUAGUUUGGUUUUAAACUCAAGCAUCACAGUUUUGUCAUAAUCUGCUCUGCAGCUGCACUGCCUGUUUGCUGACAGAAAACACCGAGAAACCCACACUUAAUAAAAUGUUCAGGAUUUCCAGAAGGCACUUUCAGAGAGUCUCUAUAAUAACGUCUUUGAUGGUGCUAAGUAUUGUCUUGGUGAUUCUGUCUUAUUCUUCUGAAGAUGUCUCUGACUCAGACUCCACCAUUCUUCAAGUUGAUGUCAGAAACUAUCAAAUUCAAUUAAAGUCCUUAGGCAGAACUUUCCCACAUGUUGACCGUUUUCCAAAAUGUGUAAUAAACACAUCGGCUGAACAGGUCAAGGACUUCCACUCAUUUCCUCCAAUUUCUAAAGACAUUCUCUAUUACCACCACUGUCUGCAUUUUCCAAUGAUACUCGACAUCCCUAACAAAUGCGGUGGAGCUUAUGGAUCAUCUGAUAUUUUCCUUUUACUGGUCAUUAAAAGUCCUGCUGUCAACUAUGACAGGAGAGAGGUGUUGCGCAAGACCUGGGCCGAGGAGAGAUUGUCUAAUGGAGUGUGGAUCCGAAGAAUCUUUAUCUCAGGAACAAUGGGUACCGGAUAUGAAAAGGAGAGACUGAACAAGCUUCUUCAGCUGGAGCAAAGGAAGUACAAUGACAUUCUCCAGUGGGAUUUCAAAGACACGUUUUCCAACCUCACGUUAAAGCAGACACUGUUUUUGGAGUGGUUCGAGAAAAACUGCCCAAACACCCAGUUUCUAUUUAAUGGUGAUGAUGAUGUCUUUGCCAACACAGACAACAUGGUAGUGUAUCUCCAACACUUUAAACGUAAUGGUGGAAGGAGGCACCUUUUUGCUGGCAAUGUCAUGCCCUAUAUGGAUCCCAUUCGCCAUCCACAGAGUAGAUAUUUUGUUCCAGAAGAGCUCUAUAGGCCAAACAUAUUCCCUGAUUACUGUAGUGGUGGUGGCUACCUUCUGUCUGGCUACACAGCUUUGAUCAUAUACAACAUGUCACACUCCAUCCCCCUUAUUCCCAUCGAUGAUGCUUACAUGGGAUUGUGCUUAGCUAAGGCAGGGCUACGUCCAGAGCAUCAUAUUGGGGUGAGACCAUUUGGACUAAAUGUUAAAGGAAAAAAUGUUGAUGAUCUUAAUCCUUGCUUCUAUAAAGAAAUGCUUGUUGUUCACAGAAUGCUCUCGGGUGACAUGUAUACCAUGUGGCACAGAAUUCAAGAUCCUGAUCUUAAGUGCUCCCCUUCCGAUCCCAAAAUGUAAAUUGGUAGAUAUUUUUAUUCAUCACAGCACUUUCAGUAAGAUAGAUGCCUCAUCCUACAACCACGUUUGAUUAGAAUUGAAUUAGAUUAGAAUCACAAAAUUUAGACUUUAUUGUGGAUAUGAAAUCCUAACAGUUUAAGACAUCACUAACGCUAUGAGUUGGAAUAUUAGCUUUUAGAACACUGAUUGACUUCUAUGUACCCCUGACUCAAAAGUAGUGUAUACUAGAUUUAAAAUAAAACAUAUUAAAGUAUACUUCCAGUUAACUUGUAAUUUUGUUAUUAGUGAAACACUUAAAACUUAUGUUAGUGUACCUAUACUUUGCGUUUACUAGAAAGUAUAUUGAAAGUAUAAUUUACAGUUUAUUUAAACUUUGAACCCAUAUACUUUUUUAGCACAUUAAUAGUACACUUUCACAUAUGCUAGUUUUUUGUGGUAUUUUUAUCCCAUUCCAUUGAAUCAUAAAGGUCAGCUUUAGUUUGAAUAGUAUAAGAGGAUUAUGGUGUAGGUUAACCUGAUUGGUAAUAUACAAUGUUAUUAACACAAUAUUACAUAUGAAAUUUACCCUAACCAUUACUAUAAUACAUGUGCCUUUGAAGUUAGGCUUAGACUUCAGCUUAGACAUACUUUAUUGUGGUGAGGAUGGUUGGGGGCAGGGGGGCACUCCUCAUCCUCCGCAAGAAGUACAUGCGCUUUUGUGCCCUUUUGAUCAGGGAGGUGGUGUUUACAGAAAAUUGAUUUACAAAUUGAUGUUCAAUAGAUAAGAGGGCAUAGAUGAUAUUCACUAAACAUUUUUUGUGGAUUUGUGGUGGUAGGACUACAGUUAAAGCAAAUAUUUUAAUUACUUUCAUAUAUAUUUGACGAUAAGGAACAACGGAUAAACAUUUUGUUUGUUUAAACAAAACAUUGUUGUAACAAAAACAAUAGGCCAGGUCUUUUUUUAAGUGUCUUAUAUUAAAUCAUUCUGUAGAUCUAUCUAUAAACCUUUAUGUAAAAGCCUAGUAGAUUUAGCAAGUUGUUCAUACCAUUUAAGGAGGAUACAUCUGAAUGGCUGAAAAUGCCAGACUACGUGUCAUUUGGUGACAGUAAUGCAUAGCUAAGUCUUGAUCAGCCAGAAGUUGCCACCAUUUGAAGAUUAGGAGACCUUUGAGAACAGAUGGGAUGAAUGACAAAAAAA